AUGGAAUCAGACCCUCCCCUCCCCGUCCCGAUCUCGUAUAUCGCGGGUAGCUACUUUCUCUUCUCCAUUGAUGCCGUCACGUAUCUGAGACGCGAGCACCACAUCUGCGGCGUGCUCACCGGCACCCUGCCGCAGAUCCCCCAGCAGAAUGUGUUUCUGGGGUUGCCGCUGAAGCUGAUGCCCGAGGAGGCGCGGCUGCUGGUGGACAACGGUGUAGCAUGCAUUGUAGACGAGGUAAAAGCCCAGCGCGAGGGCAUGCGCGCCCUCCGCGAGGCCGACCGCCAGAAGUAUCGCCGCGAGCUAGAAUCCCAGGGCGCCCACGCCAUGCGGCUGCAGACCAACCGCAAAGAGCAGCAGCGCGAGGAGGCGCUGAAGCGGGUAGAAGCGAAGAAGACGGCCGCUAAGAAGAAGGCUGCUGCUGCUGCUGCUGCUGCCGCCGCCCCCGCAGCCCCAGAUACUGCUCCAGCUCCAGCUGAAGAUACCCUAAUGGCUGCCACCACCACCUCGAUACCAUCCACAUCCACGCCCACAACCACCACCAUCGCCCCCUACGGCACAACAAUGGGCAUCACCCCCGCCACCUCCCACCCACCACUCCCGUACACACCCUCACCCUCCUCCUCAACCGUGCUCCCCCCGCCCACCGUGCCCCCCUCCUACCCGCUGUUCGCCCACCUCCACGCAGAGGGGUACUACCUCUCGCCCGGCCUGCGCUUCGGGUGCCAGUACCUGGCGUACCCCGGCGACCCGCUGCGGUUCCACUCGCACUUCCUGGUGGUCGGGGCCGACUGGGACGAGGAGCUGGAUCUGAUGGCGGUCGUGGCCGGCGGACGGCUGGGCACGGGCGUCAAGAAGGGGUUUCUGAUCGGCGGGGCGGCGGAUGAGUCUGGUCUGGGGGAUGCGGGGAGUGUACGGACGUUCAGUGUGGAGUGGGCUGGGAUGUGA